CUUCAUGCUUGCUUUCGUAGUAAACUAAACAGAGAUGCAAAGAUUCAAGUCAACAACUGAAUCACCACCAUCACUCUAUUCUCACUCCCUCUUCCACCUUCGGGGAGAUGACACUACCACAACUCCAAAUCCAACAACGCGUUUAACUGAUUCUGAUCUUGCCGUUGCUCUUGUAUUUCAACAACAGCACUAUCACCAUGCCUUUGAUUUAACCUCAACUUCUCCUCCCUUCACUGCCAAGUUCAACAAUGUUGCUGUUGCAUCAAGUAACUUGCAGUACGAGACAUUCAACACCAACCUUGCUUCUUCAGGUUGUUACGUUGAGACAGGGCAACAGCAGCAGCAGCAGCAUAUGUUCCAGCAGAAGGGGCAUUUUGAGACUCGGUCUGAAUCAGCCAUGGCUGACAACAGUCAACAGACCGAUGAUGCUUCCACUGAUAUUGACACCGAUGAUAAAACCCAUUGCAAUAAUAGGGCUGGGAAUGGGGAACUUGUAGUUGUGGACUCCAAUGAUCAAACUAAGCUUAAACAUGAGGAUCAGAAGACUCUUCGUAGACUGGCUCAGAAUCGCGAGGCUGCUAGGAAGAGUCGAUUGAGGAAGAAGGCAUAUGUGCAGCAAUUGGAGAAUAGUAGAGUUAGGCUUGCACAAUUAGAGCAAGAACUUCAACGCGCACGUCAGCAGGGUGUAUUUGCUGCAACUGGAACUGUGGGGGAUCAUGCUCGCGCAGUUGUCGGAAAUGGUGCCUUAGCAUUUGAUAUGGACUAUGCGCGUUGGGUUGAUGAGCAUCAACGGCUGAUUAGUGACCUAAGAUCAGCUGUAAAUUCUCAAAUGGGUGAUAAUGAACUGAAUCUUCUUGUUGAUGGUGUCUUGGCACAUCAUGAUGAACUAUUUCGGUUAAAAACCAUAGGUGCCAAGGCAGAUGUAUUUCACAUACUUUCCGGAACAUGGAAGACACCUGCAGAAAGGUGCUUCAUGUGGCUAGGUGGAUUCCGUCCAUCAGAGCUUCUUAAGAUAGUUAGAAACCACCUCGAGCCCUUAACAGAUGAGCAAUUGAUGGGAAUUUAUAAUUUGCAGCAGUCUUCUCAGCAGGCAGAGGAUGCUUUAUCCCAAGGCAUGGAAGCAUUGCAUCAAUCUCUUUCGGAGACGCUUUCCUCCACCUCCUUAGGUCCUACCAGUUCUGGAAAUGUUGCUCAGUACAUGGGCCUAAUGGCAAUUGCAAUGGGCAAACUUGCCACACUUGAGAAUUUUCUUCACCAGGCUGACCUUUUGAGGCAACAAGCACUGCAACAGCUGCAACGAAUUUUGGCGACACACCAAGCCGCUCGCGCGCUCUUGGUCAUAAACGAUUACAUCUCUAGGCUUCGAGCACUUAGUUCAUUAUGGCUAGCCUGUCCUAAAGAGUAGGAACUGACAUACAUAUGUAUAGUUUGCAACCACCUUUGUAAUGCUGGUUUCCUAAGCUGAUUUGGUAGUUCUGUAGUAAUAGGUAGUUGGUGAUGAGUUGUUUCCACCCUCAAAGCAAAA